CGCGCAUGUUUUUCGUCACCUCAAAUGUCAGCAUUUUGUACCGGUGGUAAAGUGAAACGUGAUGGAGUUCUUUGUGAAAAACUUUAAAUUUUACACAUUAUGCACAACAUUAUUAAUACUGUUGAGCGUUACAUGCAGUUCCGAAGUGUCAAGGCCUCGAGGGGUCUCAUUAUCGCGAGCUUCUUUAUACAAUCCAGAUCGUAAUUUUUUAUGUUUUGAUAACAGCAAAAGCAUACCAUUUUCUCAAGUAAAUGAUGAUUAUUGCGACUGUCCGGACGGCAGUGACGAACCAGGGACGUCGGCUUGUCCCAAUGGGAUUUUUCAUUGUACCAAUGCUGGUCAUAAACCCUUAAAUUUAGCUUCCAGUCGCGUGAAUGAUGGUAUUUGUGACUGUUGUGAUGGCAGUGACGAAUACGCCGGAAACACCAUAACAACGUGCCCCAAUAUUUGUCUACAAUUGGGGCGACAUGCCAGGGAGGAGGCCCAGAAGCUUGCAGAAAUUAUUAAAGCUGGCAAACAACUAAAAGCAGAACUUAGUCAAAAGGGUUUGAGACUGAAAGAUGAGAAAAAGGAAAAAUUAAUAGAGUUACAAAAGAACAAAGAAGAGGCUGAAAAAGUAAAAGCAGAAAAACAAAAAAUUAAAGAUGAAAUUGAAGCACUUGAAAGCAAGUCACUUGAAGUGUAUAGGAAAUUGGAAGAAGAAGAGAAGCAACGGAAAGCCGAGGCUGAAGCACAGAAGACUAGAGAGGAGGCGACUGAAACGUUUACAAAAUUUGAUUCUAAUCAAGACGGUUUAGUUGAUAUUCCUGAACUUCAGACAAGACAAACAUUUGAUAAGGAUAGAAACGGUGAAGUGUCUGAGGAAGAAGCUAAAUACUUUUUGAACAAUCAAGAAUCUGUGGAUCUUGAAACAUUUAUAACAGAUGCUUGGCCUAAUAUUAAACCGUAUCUUAUGAUGGAUGCUGGUUUAUUCAAGCCACCUGCACCACAAGAUGGUACUGAAGGUGAAGAUAUGCACGAUGGGGAAGGAGAGGACGAUGAACAUGAUGGUACUCCUGAGGGUGAUGAAGGAGAGGAGGAGGAAGAACCAUACCAUCCUGAAGAAGAACCAGAGGAACCCUCAACUAAACUACAUUAUGAUGAAGAAACUCAGAAGAUUGUUGAUCAAGCCACCGCUGCUAGAAACGAAUUUACUGAUGCUGAACGAGCAGUGAGAGAAAUUGACUCAGAAAUUGGCAAUAUUAAUGAUUACUUGGAGAAGGACUUUGGACCAGAAGAAGAAUUUGCAACUCUUCAAGGAGAAUGUUUUGAAUAUACUGAUCAUGAGUAUGUUUACAAAUUGUGUCCUUUUGAAAAGGCUACACAACAACCUAAAUCUGGCUCUUCUGAGACUAGAUUAGGAACUUGGGCUAGGUGGAAUGGUCCAGAGGACAGUAAAUAUAACUCAAUGCUUUAUGACAAAGGUCAGAAUUGUUGGAAUGGUCCUCAAAGGUCAACAAAAGUGAAUAUUGUGUGUGGCACUGAAAAUAAAGUAACUGCGGUAUCUGAACCUAAUAGAUGUGAAUAUUUGUUUGAGUUUGUAACACCUGCAGCUUGUAGAGAGAUUCCAAGUGAAGCUGAUGAUUUACACGAUGAAUUGUAGUUUUGUAAUUGUAGAUUUAUAACUUUUAUAUAAUUCAGCGUAGUUUGUACAUACAUUUCCUAUAAAUUUACAGUAAUUUUGAAGUCUUUAAAUUAUUGAGCAUUGUGGGAUUACGAGUAAGUUUUGUAGUUUGUUUAAUUUGUGUGGUGGAAAAUCAGUGAUAAUUUAAGACCAAGAACUUUGUUAUUAGUGGAGGAUCAUGUUUAAUAAAAAAAUUAAAUAAAAGUUUUUCAAAUUAAAA